CCAAAGCCAAUAUAUGAUGCCCCGUGGCUAAUGCCACGAUCACAUUGAUAAACGCACAGUGAAAGUACUCGAUUACAGUCAUUCACGAUGCAUAGUGUGGUAUGGUUCUAACAUUAAUGCGUGUUCAGGUAUGAGCUAAUCAUCAUCAAGCAAAAGGCCAAAUGAAGAAGAAGAAGCUUUUUACUGACGUGUCCUAAAAGUAAGAAAUGUGCUGCCCGUGACCUAGAAAGGAUCUCUCCCAUUCCAUAUUUGCAGGAAAUGUGAGUUGACCAGUCGAGUCAACUGAAAAGUUCUAUCCAGACAGCUUCUUAGAAAGUUGCCAGUGGUGAUCACAAUCCAUUCCUCUGACACAUUGAGUUCAGGCUGGUCUAUGAAGGAUGGAGAGACAUUGGUCUCUUCAGGCCAAAGCUUUGUGCUCGGCUUCUUCUCUCCUGGCAACUCCCAGAACAGGUACGUCGGCAUAUGGUACAAGAUCACUCCAGAAAUAGUUGUUUGGGUUGCCAACAGGGACAAUCCACUCACUGAUUCACAUGGAGUUCUCACGUUUAGCCGUGAUGGAGAUCUGGUUCUUGUCAACCAAUCGAAUGGUAUCAUCUGGUCUUCAAAUUUGUCCAGGGUUCUGAAAAAUCCGGUCGCACAGCUCUUAGACACUGGAAAUCUUGUUCUCAGAGAGAAUACCGGUCUGAAUUCUGAUGUCUAUUCAUGGCAGAGUUUUGAUCAUCCAUCCGACACACUACUGCCCGGUAUGAAAUUAGGAUGGGACUUGAAAAUCGGUUUAGAAAGACGUCUGACUUCUUGGAAAAGCAUGGAUGAUCCUUCCCCUGGAGACUAUACUUGUAGGUUGAACAUUCACGGGUUGCCUCAAGUCGAACUCGUCAGCUUAGGAUCCAGCAAGAAAUAUCGGUCAGGAUCGUGGAACGGAAAACAAUUCAGUGGUGCUUCAGUGGGAUCGAAUGAAGUGACCACGUCAGUGUUCGUCUAUGGUGAAAAUGAGAUCUUUUUUGCAUAUGAAGCCAGAAAAAGCGAAUUUAUCGCAAGGGUACUUACAAUGAACCACUCCGGGUUGCUCCAGUACUAUGUUGCAAGUAAAAGAAGCAAUGCCUGGACUAUCAUGUACUCGUCACCCAACAAUCCAUGCGAUGCUUACGGUACUUGUGGAGCCAAUGGUAUCUGUAGAGCUAACAGAGCUCCGAUAUGUGAUUGCUUAAAGGGGUUUGUACCGAAGUCUCCAGAAGAAUGGGAUCUCCUCAUUUGUUCCGGUGGAUGCAUGAGAAGAAUACCAGUAGAUUGUUCCAAGGAAGAAGGGUUCCUCAAACUUGCAAAAGUGAAACUUCCUGAUCUGUUGGAGUUCUGGUUGAACAAGAACAUGAGCCUUAAGGAAUGUGCGUCCGAGUGCUUAAAGAAUUGUUCUUGUACAGCUUAUGCUAAUUCAGAUGUUAGAGGAGGAGGUAGUGGCUGUCUCUUGUGGUUCGGAAGCCUAAUUGACAUUAGGGAGUACGAACAAGAUGACUACGGGCAAACUCUAUACAUCCGCCUACCAAAAUCUGAACUAGAUUUCGUUCAUAAUUCUGCCAAGAAGAAAAGGAUGGUCAUUACCGUACUGAUGUCAGCAAUUGCUGCUUUGUUUCUAUUGGCCAUGGUGUACUGCCGUCGAAUCUGGAAUUGCAGAAUAAAGAGAAAAGGUUCGAAAAUCAAGGAGGAAGAUAUUGAUUUGCCACUUUUUGAUCUGGCUACCAUUGUUAAUGCUACAAAUGGUUUUUCUGAAGAUAGUCUGAUUGGAGCUGGUGGCUUUGGCCCAGUUUACAAGGGAAAUCUUUUCACAGGACAAGAAGUAGCAGUGAAGAGACUGUCAAGAAAUUCAGGACAAGGUCUUGAAGAGUUUAAGAAUGAAACAAUUCUGAUAGCCAAACUUCAACACUGGAAUCUUGUGGGGCUUCUAGGUUGUUGCAUGGAGAGGGAGGAAAGGAUUUUGGUCUAUGAGUACAUGCAAAACAAGAGUUUGGAUUAUUUCAUCUUUGAUCGUGAAAGAUGCUUAAUGUUAGAUUGGGAAAAACGUUUUGACAUCAUCAUUGGGAUUGCAAAAGGUCUUCUUUAUCUACACCAUGAUUCUAAACUUCGUGUAAUUCACCGGGAUCUCAAAGCUAGCAACAUUUUAUUGGAUGGCAGCCUAAGCCCUAGAAUCUCGGACUUUGGGUUGGCAAGAAUUUUUGCAAGUGAUGAGAAAGAAGCAAAAACAAAGAGAAUCAUCGGAACUUAUGGCUAUAUGUCCCCUGAGUAUGCCUUCGACGGAAAAUUCUCUGUGAAAUCUGAUAUCUUUAGCUUUGGUGUGCUUUUGUUAGAGAUUGUAAGUGGCAAAAGAAACAGAGGAUUCUGCCACCCAAAUCAUCACCAUAACCUUCUCGGACAUGCCUGGUUGCUUUGGAGUGAAGACAGAGCCAUGGAACUCGUUGAUGGGUGCUUGGAUGAUUCGGUGGAACCUCAAGUGCAAAGAUGUAUCCAUAUCGGCUUGUUAUGCGUGCAGAAGUUUCCCAAUGAUAGACCAGCAAUGUCCUCUGUAGUCGCCAUGUUAGGAAAUGAAAGUGCAAGCUUGCCUCGACCUAAACAGCCUGGUUUCUUUAUGGAAAGAAGUUCAAUGGACCUAAGCACAGCCCCGACGCAUGAAGAACUCCAUUCUAUUAAUGCCGUCACCGUGACGAUGUUGGAUGGCCGAUAGUGUGUUUUUGUGAGGAAUCGCAAAUAUAUCCGAGAAAUGCCACUGAUUAUAUAUUUCGUUCGUUGUCCAGACUUCUUGAUUUGUGCGAUUGGUAUAAACUCCAAUGUAUGCAAGUCUAAAACACCAUUGACCACAGAGGAGCGAACCAAUGGCUAAAAUAUUCCUUUUUCACCUUCUGCAA